AUGGGUCGCUCAAAACGAAGUCUCACCCAUCCGUUGAACGGGCCAGCGUCCGAGUCCGAGUCCGCAGACCGCUCCCACAACCGGUCCGCGUCGACCGUCGCCGAGCGCCCGCCGCAGCUGCCCGAGAUUGACCUGGAACCGCUCGACUUUGCCGUGCUCCGGGAGAAGCGCGCCUCCAUGGCCACCAACCCGGACACAAACUACGGCCUCGACAUGUUUGACGUGCGCCUGUCGUACAAUGCGGCGCGCCGCAGCCUCAUUCGCGAAAAGGACGAGCUGCCCGACUUUUCCGGUCUCGGCAACGACAAUAAUGACGGCGACAAAGAUGGCAUUCCCGCCGUGCCGGACCUGCCUGCCGACCUCCGCGUCUUGCACUCGUCCAAGAUGAGAGAGGUCCUCGGCAUGGAUCCCGGUGAGGAGACCGAGGUUGAGCGCGACGGCUCGUAUACGCCGGAUUCGGUGCUCAAGAGGAAGGCCGAGGAGGCCGAGGCAGCGGCGGCGGCAGCGGCGGCAGCAGCAGCGCCCGAGUACAUUCACGGCUGGAGGUUGUUUAGUGUCAUGCUGGCGAUUACGCUGGCGUGCUUUUUGUACUUGCUGGACGUGUCGAUUCUGGUCACUGCGAUUCCCAAAAUCACCAGUGAUUUUCAUUCGCUCACGGAUAUCGGCUGGUACGGUGCCACUUACAACUUGGCGAGCGCCGCUCUUCAGCCGCUCUCUGGGAAAUUUUACACCUACUUUCACGCCAAGUGGACCUUUCUCGCCUUCUUCCUCGUCUUUGAAAUCGGCAACCUUCUCUGCGGCGUCGCCACGUCGUCGACCAUGAUCAUCGUGGGCCGCACCGUCGCCGGCGCCGGCGCGUCGGGCCUCACCAACGGCAGCUUCGCCAUCGUCACGGCCUGCGCGCCCAUGGAGAAGCGGCCGCAGCUCAUGGGCAUCCUCAUUGGCGUCUGCCAGAUGGGCCUCGUGGCCGGCCCGCUCAUCGGCGGCGCGCUGACCGAGUUUACCAGCUGGCGCUGGUGCUUCUACAUUAACCUGCCCGUCGGCGCCGUCACCGUCGCUGCCUUUCUCGUCACGGCCAUCCCCGACAAGCGCAAGUACAUAGUCCAGAGUGACAGCCCCGGAAAGCUGACGCUGCGCAAGAUGGACAUGGUGGGCUUCUUGCUGUUUGCGCCCGCCGCCGUCAUGAUUCUGCUGGCUCUCGAGUUUGGCGGCAACAGGUACGCCUGGCGCUCGCCGACCAUCAUCGGCCUCUUUAUCGGCGGCGGCGUCCAGGUGCUGUUGUUUCUCCUUUGGGAGCGCCGCGUCGGCAUGACGGCCAUGAUCCCGCUGCCCAUCAUUGGCAAGAGAGAGGUGUGGACGGCGUGCGUGGCCAGCAUGUUUAUGUUUUCCACCAUGCUCGGCGCCGGAUACUACCUGCCCGUCUACUUUCAGACGGUGCGCGGCCUCUCGCCCCUGCGCAGCGGCGUCUCCAUGCUGCCCGCCAUUGUCACGCAGCUGGUCGUCACCGUCGUGAGCGGCGGCCUGGUGCAGCGCGUCGGCUACUACCUGCCGUUUAUGAUUCUCAGCGCCGUCAUCAUCGCCGUCGCCAACGGCCUGCUGUCCACCUGGGGCCUGCGCACGCCCACCGUCGUCUGGGCCGGCUACCAGGUGCUGCUCGGCUUUGGCCGCGGCAUGGCGUUCCAGAUGCCCGUCAUUGCCAUUCAGGCGCACACCCCUCCCGCGCUGGCGUCGGUUGCCACCGCCACCAUGGUCCUGUUUCAGACAUUUUUCGGCGCCAUAUUUCUGGCCAUUAUCAACACGCUCUUCAACACCAAGCUGAAGAAGGAGUUGAGCAGCCGCGUGCCGGAGAUUGGCGCCGACAAGAUUAUCAAUGCCGGUGCUGCCGAUAUCAGCAGUGUUGUCCCUGCUGAUAGGAUUGAUCAGGUUCUGCAAUCAUACUCCCUUGGUGUAAACGAAGUGUUUUACGCCAUUGCAGCUAUUUGCGUGUGCAUGUUUGUCUUUUCGUGGGGGACUGGCUGGACCGACAUUCGCAAGAAGCCGGAUCAAAAGAGCGGCGACGUCUGA